GGUAAUUACUAAGUGUCCUGCAGUAGAUAGCAGACAGAGGACGAAGCAAUGGCCCCAAUCACAGAGGAAGAGUUCGGGAACACAAAGACCGGGGAACAUGUCACCAGAUACACCCUGACAAACAACAACAACGUCCUUGUCCGCGUCUUGAACUACGGCGCCACCGUCACUGACAUCCUGGUUCCAGACAAACACGGCAACGUUGACGACAUCAGUCUCGGCUUCGACGACAUUCGAGGCUACGAAAACAACGCAAUCUUUUGCCUCGGCUCUGUCAUUGGACGAUUUGCUAAUCGCAUCAAGGAAGCUAAAUUCUCAAUGGAUGGUAAAACUUACAACCUCGCAGCCAACCACGGGUCGCAUUUCUUACACGGCGGCGUGAAAGGCUUUGACGAAGUCGUGUGGACCGCCGAUGUCGUGGACGGUAAGAAACUUCAACUGAGAUACGUCAGCGACGACGGUGAGGAGGGCUUCCCGGGAGUGGUGACAACAACUGUGACGUAUGAGCUGACGGAUGACAAUCAACUGUUCAUUCAGUACGAGGCUCGCACCACCAAGACCACGCCCAUCAACCUCACAAACCACGCCUACUUCAACAUGGCCGGACAUUCUGCAGGCCACAUUGACGACCACGUUGUCACAAUCAACUCUGAUGCCUACGCCGUCCUCGACGACGAUCUCAUACCAACAGGUGAGCUAAAAGAUGUUGCUGAAACCCCUUACGACCUGCGGAGCCCGGUGCGGCUGGGAGAUGACAUGACGUCAGUUCCGGGUGGAACAGGAUACACUGUCAGCUAUAACUUGGAGGAUUCGGGGACCCUGAAACACGUGGCAAGAGUGGAGCAUCCCCCAUCAGGCCGUGUCCUCGAAAUGUCCACAACAGAACCCUCUGUCUUAUUCUACACCAGCUACUAUCUGGAUGCCAAGGGCAAAGGCAAAGGUGGCGCCACCUAUGGGAAGUUUGCAGGCGUUUGCCUUGAAGCCCAGCAUCACCCGGACAGUGUGAAUCAGCCCAGUUUCCCCAGUACGAUCCUCCGACCCGGCGAGACCUACAGACAGACAACCGUCUACAGAUUCAGUGUAGACACCCAGUAGACAAGCAGACACUGUCUACAAAUUCAGCGUAGACAGGCAGUAGACUGGCAAACACAGUCUACAGAUUCCAUAUAGAGGUCCAAAAGACUGUCCUCCCUCGCCAUGUUGUCUGCGGCUUCGUCCAUGGUAGAGUCACUCCGAGGGGCCGGAUGAGGACCACUCCUUUCCAGUAAAUAUCUAUGUAGAGCAAAUAUAUUAUUCCUCGGUCAUAUAAAGUAAAGCUGCUCUCAGUUUAAAUCAUCAUGCGUUGUAUUUCAUGGGCGACGCUAAAGAACUCAUUGCUGUUUAUGUGUUUACCUAUAGUGAUAAGGAAUUAAAUGUGCUACUUAGAAGAUAAAUACUAUGUGUGUGUCUAUUUCCGGGAUUUUAUCGAGUAUUUGCAUCUUGAAAAUUCAUCUCGAGACCCGAAAGCGUUAGCUUGUGGGGCUCGAAUGAAAAUUUCCAAGAUGCAAAUACUCGAUAAAAUCCCGGAAAUAGACACACACAUAAUAUUUAUCGAUAUUGUAAACCUAUUGUUUUAUUUAGAAAAAAACAUGCGCACUCUUUAACACCUCGUACUUACUCGGUUGUGAGGCGUCAACAUCGGACGUUCUGUCGCUGCUAUGGUGAUUGUGAUUUUGGUAAUUAACGAACACCGGUAAUGAGACGCAAAUAUCAUCACGUAUAUUUCAGCUGCGAUACCUACAUCCUUGAAUUCCUCAUACAUUUUAGAAUCAAAUGCCAAAUGGUCUUUGUCACCAAUACAAAUUGUCUAAAUGUAAUGAAGCAAAAUAAAUGAGGUGUGAAAACGAACGCUGAAAAAACUGCACUUGAUGGAAAUGUAAACAAAGCCAUUCGUCUAUUCGUUGAGUACAUUGGCUCGAGAUCUGCAUUUUCAGAAUAUACACGGGAAGAGAAUCGUAGGAAGAAUUAGGGAAUUAAACAUAUAUACAUUGCAAUAAUUUGAUAUUUUCAACAGAACUUGUCGAAGUUCCCGUCCUGUGUGACGCCAUGACUGACGCAAAAUCAAGCACAACGACAACGGCAUUUAUCAGAAUUUCUGACUAUUUUCGUUGGUUUCAAUAAAAAUACAACAGCAAAAAACAGUACACAGAUUGUCAGAAUGUUUCUGAUUACUUACAUGUCACAUUUAUGUAUAUACGAACCCUGAAUCAACGAAAGUCCCCUCGUAAAAUCCCGCGCACUGUUGACAGUCAACACGCCAUUUU